GUAGUAUUCACUCAGCACCUCUGCUGCCGCGGAACUUCGUAUUAUCCGCAUGCGCAGUGGGAGCUGAGAGCGAGUUCCGUGGCUUAGUGUACUGUACUGUUAUUUUUUUCCACAUUCAGCAUCUUUAAGAAAGUACAUAAGUAAAGUAGAAAAAACACUUAAAUACAACCAGGGGCAACAGCCCGGCAGCUAGUAUCACGAGCCGCUUAUGGAGGAUAUUAGGCCUUUCUGUCGAAAUGCCGGAGAGCUUUGGUUUUCGUCUACUGGUGUACUAACAACCCAUCAGCAUUCAGACGGCUGAGCUGGAGCUUGCUUUUUUUCUUUUAGUUAUGUUGACAACUUGUGCUUUCUGGCAGGUAGUGAUUAAUGAUGCUAAACAUUGUCUGUCGUUGACCAAACAAGGUUUUGGAGGAUUUUCUUUUCAUAGGCUAUUUUGUAACUUUUUAAAAUGGGGAACACUUUUUAACUUCCACGCUUUAACUUGCGGAGGUAGCAACUUUUUUGUUGUUUGCAAUGAGCAAGUGCUAUAUUUAGAUAUUUCAGACUUUAAAAUAUUUUAAGCAAUGGCAAAUUCUCAGAAUGGCAAAAACGCAGGAGGUCGUAAAGGUCGAAUUUUGGGUUUCAUUGAUGCUAUACAGGAUGCAGUAGGACCACCAAAACAAGCAGCUGCAGACCGAAGGACUGUGGAAAAGACAUGGAAACUCAUGGACAAAGUGGUUAGGCUAUGCCAAAAUCCCAAACUUUUGCUGAAAAAUAGCCCACCCUACAUUUUGGAUAUUUUGCCUGAUACUUACCAGCACUUGCGUCUCAUAUUAGGAAAAUAUGAAGAAAAUCAAAAAAUAAUUCAGCUCAGUGAGAAUGAGUACUUCAAAAUUUACAUUGACAACCUGAUGAAGAAAUCUAAACGUGCUAUUAGAUUGUUCAAAGAGGGCAAAGAAAGGAUGUAUGAGGAGCAAUCCCAGGAAAGGCGAAAUCUCACUAAGCUGUCUCUGAUCUUCAGUCACAUGCUGGCAGAAAUCAAAGCUGUUUUCCAUAAUGGAGAGUUUCAUGGUGACACUUUUCGAAUAACAAAAGCAGAUGCUGCAGAAUAUUGGAGGAAGUAUUUUGGAGAAAAAACUAUAGUGCCAUGGAAAAUCUUUCGACAGUGCCUUCAGGAGGUCCAUCCAAUCAGCUCUGGAUUGGAAGCAAUGGCUCUUAAAUCAACAGUCGAUUUAACAUGCAAUGAUUAUAUUUCUGUGUUUGAGUUUGAUAUCUUCACUAGAUUGUUUCAGCCUUGGAGCUCAAUAUUAAGGAACUGGAAUUUCCUGGCUGUGACUCACCCAGGUUAUAUGGCAUUCCUAACAUACGAUGAGGUUAAAGCUCGGCUACAGAAGUAUAUCAACAAGCCGGGGAGCUACAUCUUCAGAUUAAGUUGCACUCGACUUGGCCAAUGGGCAAUCGGCUAUGUAACCGGUGAUGGCAACAUUCUGCAGACUAUUCCCCACAAUAAACCCCUUUUUCAAGCUCUUAUUGAUGGCUGUCGAGAAGGAUUUUACUUGUACCCUGAUGGAAGAAGUUAUAAUCCUGAUCUGACUGGACUCUGUGAACCUGUACCACAUGACCACAUAAAAGUUACACAGGAACAGUAUGAAUUGUACUGUGAAAUGGGAUCCACAUUUCAGCUGUGUAAAAUAUGUGCAGAGAAUGACAAGGAUGUCAAGAUAGAACCAUGUGGUCAUUUGAUGUGCACUUUCUGUCUUGCAGCAUGGCAGGAUUCUGAGGGCCAGGGCUGUCCCUUUUGUCGCUGUGAAAUUAAAGGUACGGAGCCCAUUAUUGUGGAUCCAUUUGACCCUCGUGAUGAAGGACCAAAAUUUAGCAGUAUGUGUGAUAGUUUCAGUAUUCCGGUCUUAGACUUUGAUGAUGAUGAUGAUGGUAGAGAAGACUCCUUAGUCAUGAAUAGGUUGGCCUCCAUUAGAAAGUGUGAAAGACAGAGCUCUCCAAUGGCAUCUCCAAACUCCUCACCCAUUGCCCAGAGAAGAAAGCUGGUUCCAGAUCAUCUGCAAAUACAACAUCUAAGCCUUCCUCCAGUUCCUCCUCGACUAGAUUUAAUUCAGAAAGGAGGGGUUCGGUCACCCUGUGCAAGUCCAACUGGUUCGCCAAAGUCAUCUCCUUGUAUGGUAAGAAAACAAGAUAAACCACUUCCAGCAUUACCACCUCCACAGAGAGAUCCUCCACCACCACCACCAGAGAGGCUGCCUCCUGUUCCACCAGAAAAUAGGACAGGUAGACUUCUAAACGUACCAGAAAAUGCUGCUGCUAGGGAUCAACCAGUACAUUCUGAAAUACGGUGUCCCAAGGAUUCUCAUGGUGCUAACUUUCAAGAAGACUGUAGGCCAAGUUGUGAACGAUCCUCCAAGAAUGCAAACACAAUGCCAUCUCUUUCAAGUGUAAAACAGAACUGGUUAGGUUCAGAUCUCAGUUUUGUAAGGAAGGAACAGAAGUAUAAUGAUUCACUCUCAGACAGCAGCAAGGUUUCUUCCAAUGGCUGUUUAGGAAAUGAAGAAUAUGACAUCCCUCCACGACACUCCCCAGCUGCCUCAGUUGGUAAUUUGCUGUCUAGCAUGAAAUUGUGUGAAAAUGGACAAUAUUUAACAGAUGGAACAUGCAGAAGCACAUCAGAAACGAUGAAAAGAGAGACUGGUGAAUUAUAUGACAUGCCCAGCACAUUAGCACCUUUGCUACCUGCUCGCCCUGUUACACGAGACCAGAAGCAUGGACCACCUCUCAACAGGACACCUUCUGAUUAUGAUCUUCUGGUGCCACCACAAGGUAUCCAAUUCCUUAAUUUUACUGUUGAAUUCAUGCACUCUACUGACAUUGGGGACAUGUUAACUGUUUUUUUCUGCAUUUCAGAUAUGUUUGUUGAAGCAUUAACUGUUUCAGCUCCACUGCCACCAGCCCGAAGAUUAACCGGAGACAGUGCAAAACCUAACAGAAUAUCCCAAGAAUAUGAUCAGUUGCCAUCCACCUCGGAUAAUUCCCAGGCACCUGCCAGGCCACCCAAACCAUUUCCCCGUAGGACUGCACCAGAAGUACAUCAUAGGAAAAGCCAUAGUUCUGAAACAUCUUCAGAAAAUUUAGAUGCCAAAAUUGCAAAACUGAUGGGUGAAGGUUAUUCUUUUGAUGAUGUAAAGAGAGCACUUACUAUUGCAAACAAUAACGUUGAUGUGGCUCGCAGCAUUUUACGAGAAUUUGCCUGUUUUCCUUUGGUGACACCACGACCACUUCCAUAACAGCACCAGCUGCCAAGAUUUGUAUUUGUAUGAUCUGUUUGGUAGCAUUUGAAAGGAAUGUCUUACUUUGGGUUGUUCUGGAAUCUAAACCACCUGUUGCAAGCUGUCAUUAAGCAUCAUUCCUUUUGCCUAACAAAAAGAAUUGACAUGCCAUUUUUUGUUACCUUUUUUGCUAGCCAUAUUCUAGAAUCAGGGUUGAACUGAGAAGAUUGUUCACGUCUUUUGAACUUUAACCUGUGAAAUGCCUCCUGUUUACAGCUGACAAAGCAUUGCAGCCUUCAGGGUGAUGCCUAAACUGUUUUAGCUGACUGGUUAACAUGAUUACUACCUGUGUUAAUUGGUCAGAUCUACUGAAGCGUUCCCUGUAAGCCAUCUUUGCUUAUUGCACCAACUAAAACAGUUUCCUUUAAAAGCUGUUUUUCUUUUUGAAUAAUGAAAAUGCUUUAAUAUAUUUUGCAUUACAUUUUUAUCAGAUGCAAAAAAAAGCAUGUGGCCUUCACUACUGAAUCUUUUUUCUGAGAUACAUUUUGUUUAUAUAUAAAAAAAAUAAUUUCUGAAUGUAAAUUUGUUAUUUUUAUCUAAGAACUGUGUUUUUAACAAAGGUGUGUGUGUGUGGUUGGAUGUACUCAUUUUCCCCCUACGUGUAUUUGUAUUGAUGUACCAUGUUUUUUGCCCUACAUUUUUCCAUGUCUGUUUACAAAAAAAAAAAAUAAUCCAAUACUGGUUUUCUGUCCUGCUUCAACCCAUUAAGAUGAGAGAUUGAUUUUUUGUUUAUCCAUUUAGAAUGGUUUUCAGAAAGAUGGCCAGGAUUAUAGCCAGUUAUACUUCUCUCUGUCUCUGAGGGAGAGUAUCAAACAAAAAUAACCAUGUUGCAGAUUGUAAUUCCUUAAGAAAUGCCAUAUUUUUUAUUUAGAUUAUAUUUCCUUCAUAAAAGAGUAAUUUGUUCAGUAUGUGCGAGUCAGUGAUAUGUUGUAAAAUUGUGUAGUACACCAAGUGCAUUUUGUUCUGUGUCACAUUCUGGCUUAUUGCAUAGUGCUUUUCGUUUUUUUUUUUUUUUUUUUUUUUGAGUUUUGAUUGGAUCUCUUACCAAGAACAGUGUCAAUACAUGAGCCUUAAGAUAUCACAUCUGUACUAAUCAGUCUUCAGUUUAAGCCUCUGUAGCUGUAUAUUUUACAGGAGUCUAACAGUGUAGUGGUGAAGUAGGCAAAGCCAAUCCUAGGGAUGUGCUGUCUGAACAGAGCACACAUUAGACAAAAGAGGUGUCGUCAUAGUAAAUGUGAUCCCCUUAAACUCUGUGUCAUUUCUGGAGUUAUUUCUUGAUUUUAGUGUGGUUGGGUGAAAUUUACGUUUUUGUAUUUUACCCAAACUCAGCAUUUUUGUUAUUUGAAAGGUUCAGAAUGUUAUAUAAUGUGACUUAUGCAUGAGUUCAGAAACCUCAUAAGUAAGAAAAAACAAGUUUGACUACACUUGCCAAGAGUCUCAGUCCUGCUAUCUCAUAAAAGUGUGCCAUUUCAUUUGGUUGUGGUUUUGUUCUUUUUUUUUUUUUUUUUUUUAAUAGAAAAGAAUCUGAUGCCGGCAGAUAGUUUGCAUAUUUUAAGUUUCCCUGCUUAAAAUUUUCCCCACAUCCACUGAGGAGUUUGAAAGGAGUUUGAAAAAGUAACUCCAUCACUGCAUAAGAUGGCAGAUACAUUAUGUGGUGGUGUUUUUUUUCCAAAAGGCUGUGCUGGAUGUAGCCUAAUUCUUUUGUAGCUUUCGGUGUGCACGCCAUUGUACAUUUUCACUAAAUAAAAUUGUUUUCAGUCUCAAA